UAAAGCUGUGAUUAUAGCACUAACUCUUCUAACGUUCCUUUGUGCCGACUUUAUAACGUGCCAAUACGUGGAGAAACAAUUUCCUCUCUCUCCCGCUACCGCCGUUGCCUCAAAACGGACGACGAUCCUCCAUUGACUCGCAAAUCUAAAAAACGAAAGCGCACUGCAACUACUCUCCUAUCUCAGGAGCGGGAACAGUUCUCCCGCCCACAAUAAUUUUUCCCUCGCUUUCUCGCACUUUCUCUUCUUUUUUUAUUUUUAUUUUUGCCCAUUCAAAUUCCCGAUCGAACUCGUCGGGAGAAACCCCGCCUGAGCUGGUAAAUUUAGAAAGAAAUAAAAUAGAUCACAGCUUUCGAGCAUGUCGCAAUCGCUUCCUUAUUCUAUGAAAGAUGUUCACUACGAUAACGCCAAGUUCCGUCACCGGUCUUUCUUCAAGGUGAUCACUCAGACCUUACUUGCCAGUAAUAUGAGGCAUGAAUGUGUAAGUUGUAGUACAGGGAAGUUUUUAGGGUUGUUAAUGAUAUUUGGCUUAGCAUGUCUAAUGUUGACUCAUGCAAAUAGAACACAUUCUGUUUCUGAUGGACUAGCUAAAGGUAGUAGGAGAAAUGAAGAACAUAAAGUAGUUACUGAUGUUGGCAUCAGGUUUAAAAAGCUUUGGAGAAGGGCACCCAGGCUGCCUCCUCGAUUAUCACCCGAUGAAAAAGUUAGUUAUGGUAAUUUUACUGGUAAAACAAACAAGCCUAAUGUUGAAGAAAAAUGGAAAGCUAGACAACAAAAUGUAAAGGAGGCUUUCACCCAUGCAUGGUCUGGAUAUAAAAAGUUUGCAAUGGGUUUUGAUGAGCUUAUGCCAGUGAGCCAGCAUGGAGUUAAUGGGCUAGGAGGUCUAGGUGCUACGGUUGUAGAUGCUCUUGAUACUGCCAUGAUAAUGGGUCUAGAUGAAGUUGUUUCUGAAGCGGGCUCUUGGAUUGAGUUGCACCUUUUAGAGAGGAUUAGUCAGAAAGGGCAAGUUAAUUUAUUUGAAACCACAAUACGGGUUUUGGGUGGUCUAUUGAGUGCAUAUCAUUUGAGUGGGGGGGGUCAAGGUAUGAACUCAGCAUACAAGGGGCCAAAACCUACUUUUUAUCUAGACAUUGCAAAAAACUUGGCUGAUCGUCUGCUGUCUGCUUUUACUUCUAGUCCAACUGCCAUUCCUUUCAGUGAUGUUGUGCUACGUGAUUCAUCAGCACAUCCAUCUCCUGAUGGACUGAGUAGUACUUCAGAAGUUUCCACUUUACAGCUUGAGUUCAAUUACCUCAGUGCAAUUUCUGGUGAUCCGAAGUAUAGCACAGAAGGGAUGAAGGUUUUGGCACAUUUGAAAACUCUUCCAAAGGUGGAAGGACUAGUUCCUAUCUACAUCAGCCCUUAUUCUGGUGAAUUUAGUGGAGAAAAUAUUAGACUUGGAUCUCGAGGUGAUAGCUAUUAUGAGUACCUAAUCAAAGUGUGGCUUCAGCUACAAGCUAUUCAGGAUGGUAAUUUCACAUAUCUGCAUGACAUGUAUGAGGAGGCAAUGAGGGGUGUUAGACACUUGCUUGUUCAGAAAUCAAUACCAAAUGAAUUGGUUUUUGUGGGGGAAUUGCCUUAUGGAUCAAUGGGUGCUUUCAGUCCAAAAAUGGAUCAUCUGGUGUGUUUUUUGCCUGGUACUCUUGCACUUGGUGCCACCAAAGGCAUCCCAAAGGAGAAAGCCAUGAAGGAUAACCUUCUUACAUUUGAAGACCUGGAAAACUUGAAACUUGCAGAAGAUUUAGUCAAGACAUGUUUUGAGAUGUAUUCAGUAACUUCCACUGGUCUGGCUCCUGAAAUUGCAUACUUCCAUACUAAGGAAUAUUUUGAAGGUGGUCUUGAUGGCGGAAAUAAGAGUUCAGAAUAUGUAAAUGACAUAAUAAUCAAACAUGCUGACCGGCACAAUUUGUUGCGUCCUGAAACUGUUGAAUCCUUGUUUGUAUUGUAUCGUAUCACUCAAGAUCCAAAAUAUCGUGAGUGGGGUUGGCACAUAUUUGAGUCAUUUGAGAAAUACACAAAGGUGGAUUCUGGCGGAUACACUUCUUUAGAUGAUGUCACCACUCUUCCUCCUCAAAGAAGAGACAAGAUGGAGACUUUUUUCCUUGGAGAAACGUUGAAGUAUUUGUACUUGCUCUUUGGGGAUACCUCUGUUAUUCCUCUGGAUAAAUUUGUUUUUAACACAGAAGCUCAUCCUUUCCCAAUUAAAGAUGCUAUUUACAGGGAGGCACUAACAUGAAGGGAAGCAUGUAAAAGCUUAAUGUCUCUUGACCUUGGCACAGAAUCCAUUGGUCUUUGUCAUGGUUUAGUAGUUUAUCUUGUUCUGAAGGCAGUCCUACAUGCCCAGGUCCCCAGUUUACCUAGGUGGUGACUUUACAUGUUGUGUUCAACACAUCAAUGAGUUGAUCUACACUUAGACCGUACAAACAGAAAAGUUAUGUUGGCAUUUACCAGGCCUACCUAAUCAUGACCGGAUUGUAACAUAUAUUUCUUCUGAUUGAGAUUAUGUGUGGAUGGGGUUUGCCCACCAACUGUUGAGUGAAAUAUGACCAUAUGUGAUUGACUUUGAUU